CCGUUAUCCCCCCCGCUAUAAAUACCAGCAGCAGCGAGACGGAAGCAGCUUCAGACAGUCUGGAGUCUCAGGAAACAAGCAGAGUUUGUUCUCAUCGUUGCCCGCGAGCCCCGUGAGAGUCGGAGAGGAUGUUAAUGAUGAUGAUGAUGAUGAUGAAGAAGGGCUCCAAGCCUCUGGCUGCGGUGGCUCUCCUCCUGGCCUCGGCCAACUGUAUCCUCCCGCCGUCGAAAGAGGAUCUUACCCAGCUCUCCCUUCAGGGAGAGAAGUAUCUGGAUAAACAGAUUGAAAACGCCAUUAACGGAGUGAAGGAGAUGAAGGGUGUGAUGCAGAAGUCUUCAGUGGACCACAUGAAGUUUUUGGAUGCCCUGGAGAAGACCAAGCAGCAGAAAGAUGAAGCGAUGCGUGCGGCUCAGGAGAUGGAGGCCAAGCUGGAGCAGGAGGAGGAGGUUUGCAACGAGACCAUGAAGGCUCUGUGGGAGGAGUGCAAGCCCUGUCUGAAGAACACCUGCGUUAAAUACUACUCCAGGACAUGCAGCAGUGGAUCAGGACUGGUGGGACGCCAGCUGGAGGAGGUGCUGAACCGAACGUCCCCCUUCUCCAUCUGGAUCAACGGCGAGAAACUGGACGUCCUGGAGCAGGAGGGACAGCGACAGAACACGGAGUUCAAGAACCUGGAGGAGAAAUACACCGAGAUGGCCGAUGGCGUGGACAGCAUAUUUUCGGAUAGUAUGAAGGUGGCUGAUCAUGUCCACUACGACCCUCCGGUCUUCUUUCUUCCCGGUUUAUUGGGACCCUACACGCACCGGAGCAGAGGCAUUCGCUCCCUUUUCCACGACCCUUUCCACGGCUUCCAGAGUUUGUUUUCCCCCAUGAUGGGAAUGGGCAGGAACUUCUUUGGAUCUAUGGGCUCCAUGAUGGACGUAGACGCUGACACUCUUCCCAGUGAGGACGGCAGCGUGGACGAGGACGUGGUGAUCACCAAACCGUUUGGCAACGGCAGGAUGACCUGCAGAGAGAUUCGCCGAAACUCCGCCGGCUGCCUCAAGUUCCGCGGGGAGUGUCAGAAGUGCAAAGACAUCCAGCAUGUCGACUGCUCCGGGAAGAAACCCCUGGAGGGCCCCCUGAAGGAGGAGCUGGAGGAGGCUCUGGUGAUGGCCGAGCGCUUCACUCAGCAGUACAACGCCCUCCUGAGGAGGUUCGAGGAGCAGAUGUUCAACACUUCCUCCGUCCUGGACCUGUUCAACAGGCAGUUCGGCUGGGUGUCGUCUCUGGCAAACAGCACUAGCAGCAAGGACGGCAUCUUCCGCCUUCAGACGGUGAUCUGCAGGGACACGGAGGAGAAGCCAGGCGAGGAGAAGCAGCCCGGAGAAACAAACGUGUCCGUGCAACUCUUCGACUCUCCUCCCAUGAACUUCAGCGUGCCGGGCGACAUCCCCUGGACCGACCCCAAGUUCUCCGAGGUGGUGGCCCAGGAGGCCCUGGACCGCUACAAGGGAACCACCGUUGUGGUCAAGUAAAGGCACGGUUGGAUUUAAGCCCCGGCCUUCGCUGUCUGCUGACAAGAGAAUGUUCUGGAUUCAUCAGAACAUACCUGCAACCCUGAUGACAAACACAACCCCCACCCCACCCCUCAUCCUCCCCAUGUCUUGUUUUUGCAAAUGACACAGUUUAACAUCAGAGAUUUAUAUUGUUACAUUAGAGCUCUUUAUCCUGCUGUAAGAGAAGAUGUUUAGUAGUUAACUGGCCUGACCCGUGUCUGUUGUGACUCCAACAUAGGGCCUCAUCGUGUGUGAGCUGGGCUUUUGCAAGAACAGGCCGUAGCACUUAAAUGGUUUACGCUAGUUUCCGUUCAAAAGCCAAAACCGAUGUAAUCGACUGGGGUGAACGGUUUAUUCCCUGAAUCAAGCCUGUCUAACACAUGUAGAUUAAAUGGAUGUUUUCUCCGGUUCGGUUCAGUAAAACAAAGAAUUGAUUUGUUUGCAAAUGAACGUGCAAAAAUGAUCAUGAUAAUAAUUCAGGAUUGCUUUGAGCCUCUCUGUAAAACAGCAUAGAAGUGAAGCUACACAUAGAGAUUUAAUAAAACCUGCUCAAACCUA